AUGCCUCUGGCUAGAGAUCUAUUACUCCCUUCCUUGGAAGAGGAAAAGAAAAAACAUAAGAAGAAACGGCUGAUUCAGAGCCCAAAUUCUUACUUCAUGGGUGUGAAAUGUCCAGGUUGCUACAAGAUUACUACAGUUUCCAGCCAUGCUCAGACAGUGGUCCUUUGUGUGGGCUGCUCAGCUGUUUUGUGCCAGCUCCCAGGAGGAAAAGCCAGGUUCACAGAAGGCGGUUCAUUUAGAAGAAACCAACACGAAACAUCUAUACAAGUUCCUGAAUUUGUGUUUUUCACAGAAAGCCUUAUCAACUUCGGUUACUCUACCAAGGCAAUGCAUUAUUCUUUGAUUUUAUAA